UACGCACUAAUGCGCAGAGGGGUCGAAGGGAACCCGGCUUCAGGCCCAAAACAGGCUGCGCGCUCAGUGCGGCUCUUUCCCAGAAUCGGUGGUGGCUCUGAAAAGAGCCUUUGGUGUCCACGGGGCGUGCACGGGCGGCAGGGCCUCACUUGCCCUUGGCCUUGUGGUGGCUCUCGGUCUUCUUGGGCAGCAGCACGGCCUGGAUGUUGGGCAGGACACCGCCCUGCGCGAUGGUCACGCGGCCCAGCAGCUUGUUGAGCUCCUCGUCGUUGCGGAUGGCCAGCUGCAGGUGGCGCGGGAUGAUGCGCGUCUUCUUGUUGUCGCGGGCCGCGUUGCCCGCCAGCUCCAGGAUCUCGGCCGUCAGGUACUCCAGCACCGCCGCCAGGUAGACCGGCGCGCCGGCGCCCACGCGCUCCGAGUAGUUGCCCUUGCGCAGCAGGCGGUGCACCCGGCCCACCGGGAACUGCAGCCCCGCGCGCGAGGAGCGGGACUUGGCCUUGGCGCGCGCCUUGCCGCCCUGCUUGCCGCGCCCGGACAUCUCCGACUCAAACCCAGAAGAGCAGAAAACUCGAAAAAUCCGACAGAGACUCUCACACCGCAGGCCCCAGCGAGCCCUUUUAUAAGAUCCGGAGGUAGCUGAACGGCGCCGGCCGAUAGGAUGGCAUCGGUGGCCAAUCAGAAAAGGAAACCGGCAUCUCCUUCUAACUGGCUACGCCUUUCCGAGCGAUGACGUCAGGCGAUGCUCUGUCCAACCAGAAGUGAGUAGUUCCUGAUCCUUCAUUUGAAUCCAAGACGUACAAAUAGAAUCGGCGGGGUCGUCGCCGCAGUCGACCAGAGAUCCGCCAUCAUGCCCGAUCCUUCCAAGUCCGCCCCGGCCCCCAAGAAGGGCUCCAAGAAGGCGGUGACCAAGGCGCAGAAGAAGGACGGCAAGAAGCGCAAGCGCGGCCGCAAGGAGAGCUACUCCAUCUACGUGUACAAGGUGCUCAAGCAGGUGCACCCCGACACCGGCAUCUCGUCCAAGGCCAUGGGCAUCAUGAACUCCUUCGUCAACGACAUCUUCGAGCGCAUCGCCAGCGAGGCCUCCCGCCUGGCGCACUACAACAAGCGCUCGACCAUCACGUCCCGCGAGGUGCAGACGGCCGUGCGCCUGCUGCUGCCCGGCGAGCUGGCCAAGCACGCCGUGUCCGAGGGCACCAAGGCCGUCACCAAGUACACCAGCUCCAAGUGAGGCGGUCCCAGGCGCCCCAAACCCAAAGGCUCUUUUCAGAGCCACCCACACACUCGAGAAAGGGUUUCGAACACGGCGGAGGGUUGUUAACCCUACGUGUGGCCUCUACGCCACCGCGGUUCCCGGUUCCUGGGCGUCCUGUCAGUCGUGCGUGUAUGGCGGUGAGCGGAACGUGGAUGUAGCAGCCCGUUAUAGAGGGACGGUGGAAACCGUGGCCUUGCGGAAAGGCGGGCGAGCAGGUGAGGGUCACUCCCCCGAGGCUCUCGGGGCGCUCUUCUCCCCCUGCACACUUGGCGAGACCAGAGGUGCGCUAGACCACGGGUUGGGGAGGCCUCGGUGUUGUAACGCUGCCUUCCCACCGUUCCGUCCCUGCCGGGACCAGACAUCUACCCUCGAGCAGAUGCAGCCUGUAGGAUGCCUGCCUGGCAAGAUGGGCAGCGCAGCGUGAGAAAGCAGAGAGAAGUGGAAGCGGGCGGGCCACUGCAGAGCCUGGCGAGCUGGGUGUGGAAAGUGACCACAGCUGCCAGCAGCUUUAACCCUCAGUGGGGGAGGUUGUUUAAGAGGAACAGAAUUGCCUCGUUUUGAACAAAUGUAACUGCCUCCCCUUUGGCCGCACGAUUUUCUGUGAAGUGUUCGUAACUGGAUUCUUCACAUUCUUGUCAUUUAUUUAAGGAGUGCCAUUGUGCUUCCGGAAAAGCAUUUUGGCAUGAAGUCUUCGUAUUGGAAGGGACAAUGCUUAUCUUUUUCUUGGUUUGACUUUUUUUAUUCAUAGUGAUUCUUUGAACCGUUGUGAGAAUUAGAAGUAUUGAGAGUUUGUAUCAUGGUCUCCAGCAAGGAAAAAAUUUAAAUAAAAUUCAGUAGAAGACAGACACACACUUUUUUUUUUUAAUCACCCAGUGUCUCCACAGGGAGCCUGUCAUGUGUCUGAACUGAGGCAGACUGAAAGACUGGUGGAAGGGGAGGAAAUGUCACCACAAGAUGUCCUCCCUGCAAUGGCUGUGUCUCCCCCUUUCUGCUUGGGUCCACAUAAGAGGAUCUGGGAAAUUUCACACAUUUUAAAGUUGUUAUCUACACUGUUUUUAUAAAAAGUUCAAAUUGCUGCAAGGAUGCACAUCCCAACAUAGAACUUUUAAAAAGCAAAAUGGUCACAUCGGUCUUUUAAAUAUACCUAUUGGAACAUCAAUUUGAUGCCAUAAUCAGUUCAUAAAAUACAUGAUCUAAUUCUAUAUCAGCCGGAUAUUUCAGGAGAUUCUUAAUUUCUGCCCAAACUGAUUUUUUUUUCCAUUUUCCUUCUGCAUUGGGAUUUUAUCCUACAGUGAUUAUAGGUAUUAUGAUUUAUCUAUUACCUUUCUUGCAAAAAAAAGUCUGUCACCUGAAGUUUAAAUACCUCAUAUAACGAGAUUACUCUGUGUUUUAAAAACACCUGGGCAGAGGCCUGGUCCAGUAGUGAGCACCUGCAAUGCCAGCAACUCGGGAGGGUGAGGCAGGAGGAUCUGGAGUUCAAAGUCAUCCUCAGCAACUUAGUGAGGCCAUGAGCAACUCAAUGAGACCGUCUGUAAUGAAAUACAAAAAAGGGCUGGGGAUGUGACUCAGCAGUUAAGUGACCCUGCGCUGGGUCUUAUAGCACACACUUGUGAUCUUAGCUACUUGGAAGGCUGAGGCAGGAGGAUCCCAAGCUCAAGGUCACUUGGGCAACUUAGAGACCCUCUCUGAAAAUGAAAGAUGAAAAGGAUGGAGGUGUAACUCAGUUGUAGAGCACCUCUGGGUUCAAUCCCCAGUAACACACACACACACACACACACACACACACACACACACACACAAACACUAUAUAUGAAAUGGAAAUUCUGCAGUAGAUAUUUUACUCAAUUCUUUGCCUUUAGUAAUAAUCUGAAGCUUAAAACAGUGAUCCAUCAUUGAAAGUAAGGAGGACUUGUCAAUGUGAUGGGCUGACAGAUCUGGCUUCAUGAGAAUGUUAUAGGCCAGAUUCUAAGGGAAAUGACUAAACAGACUCCAUUUUGCUCUGAGACUCCAUGUUAUGUAGGAAAUAAGCUUC